AGCGACCCCGACACCCGUGCUCCUCUGUUCGCGCCUGCUUUUAGCGCUUCCACGCCUCGCCUUCUUCGAAUUUAUAAAGAAGCCCCUCCCGGCGGGUUGUUUUUUGCAUUUAUCCCCUUGAUCGGCUUAUUAAUUCCCCUUUUGCCGCCUGAAUACUGCCGCGACCGGAGCAAUGGCCGCUCUAGGGCUUCGACUCGCGCUGCCCGUCGCCCUCUUCCUCCUCCUCCUCGGAGGCUUCGCCUCCGGGGCUUCCUCGUGCUCCUCCGCGUCCUUGGGCUCCAACCGCGUCUACGCGACCUGCAGCGACCUCCCGUACCUCUCCGCCUCGCUCCACUGGUCCUACGACGCCGCCUCGGGAAACCUCUCCGUCGCGUUCGUCGCGCCGCCGGCGCAGCCGGAUGGGUGGGUGGCCUGGGCGAUCAACCCGACCGGGCAGGGCAUGGACGGGUCCCAGGCGCUCAUAGCGUUCCAGCAGCCCGACGGGUCCAUGCGGGCGAGGACGUACAGCAUCAAGGGGACCGACGUCGAGCAGGGGCCGAUCGCGUUUGACACGUCAGAUCUGGCGGCGGAGCAGUCCGGCGGGGUGAUGCGGAUCUUCGCGACGCUGAAGCUGACGUCGGGGACGACGACGGUGAACCAGGUAUGGCAAGUGGGGCCGUCAGUGUCGAGUGGGGCUCCGCAACCCCACGAGCUCCAGCCGGCGAACUUGCAUUCCACGGGCAAGGUGGAUCUCAUCAGGGGAGCGACGUCCCAGUCCAGCGCCGGCAGUUCCACUACCAAGAGCAAGAAUGUGCACGGCGUGCUGAACGCUGUGAGUUGGGGGAUUUUGCUUCCGGUGGGCGCAAUCUUUGCUAGAUAUCUGAAAACAUUCAAGUCAGCAGACCCUGCGUGGUUUUAUCUCCACAUAACAUGUCAGACUAUCGGCUAUGGAGUUGGAGUUGGUGGUUGGGCUACUGGCCUCAAUCUCGGCAGCAAAUCUAAGGGAAUUCAAUACACCACUCACCGAAACAUCGGAAUAAGCCUCUUUUCGCUGGCAACCUUACAGGUUUUCGCUCUGUUCCUGAGACCAAACCAGGAUCAUAAAUACAGAUUCUAUUGGAAUAUCUACCAUCACUUGAUCGGAUACGCUGUCAUCUCCUUGGGCAUCGCCAACGUCUUUGAAGGCUUCAAGGUCUUGAGCAUCGAUCACAAAUGGACAGUGGCUUACAUCAUUGCAAUCUGCAUUCUAGCCGCUAUCGCCUUGUUUUUGGAGAUUGUCACUUGGAUCAUUGCUCUCAGGAGGAAAUCUGACGACUCAAAACCCUACAAUGGCGUGAAACAUCCACUAUCUACAUGAUGGAUCUUACUACCACUCUGCCAGUAUGUACCAUUCGAUCUUUCUCAUAGUAUGCGCACGCGCCUUUUGCUUAAUCUACAAUGGUGGUACAAAGUUUUAGUCUUUCUAUAUCACUUUGUAUAUUCUAUUGAAAUAAGUCCAACUCUUCUGCAAUCCCUCUACAUCAGCCUUUAUGCUUAAGUUUGUGUGGUUUUGGAGGUUGAGCUUUCUAAUGUUUUUUGUGAAGACUCAGAAAAGGCUUGUUGUAUAAUAUCAUACAAUAUGUUUCCA